CAUUAAAUUGCUAACAGCGUACUUAUUAUAAAACACUCUUCGGUAAACUCUUUAUUUUUCUUCUUAAUACUUUAUAGACAAUUGCUACACAAUGAAAUACCUAAUAUUAAUAUUAAUAGGAUUUUUUUUAAAUAUUUUUAUUUAUGCUGAAGAGAUAACCAACUUUCGUCCUUGUUCAAAUUCAAACUGUGUUGUUACCAAUGUACAUAUAAAUCCUUGCCCAGAAGCUUUAGACGGCAACACAUGUGAAGUGCCAUUGGGUGAGAACGCAUCAAUUAGUUUCGACUACAACCCUCAAUUCACAUCAAACACUCCAAAAGCUAGAUUUUAUGGUAUACAAAUUAUAGAUUUACCAUACCCUGGAACAGACCCUGACGGAUGUUUGUACACAAACUGUCCAAUACAGAUGAACAUAACACAAAAAUUCAAAUUUGAAAUCGAAGUACCUCAAAUAAUACCAAAGGGUGAUCAUUUAGCAAAAUUAAAACUGUGGAAUGAUGACGAAAAUUCUAUUUUAGAGGAUCGAUGUUGUAUUAUAUUUGAUUUGAAAUUUGUUUAAUGAUCUUUGUUAAUAUUUUCUUUUUAAAGACGAUUUAAAUUCAAAUGUAUGUAAUUGUAUAUUUUUCGAAAUAAAAAUUGAAUUGAUAAUA